AUGCCUGGAGCAUACUGCUGCCCUCCACUGGAAAGUUAUGUCGGCGGCAAAAACUUAGACUUCGAUAGUGCUUUGGUAUCCUGGAUCAGAAGAAGGGACGCUCACAUCUUGACCGUGGACCGCUACACCUUCAUCGCCGACGACAGAUUCCAGGCCUUCCUCGUCGACAAGACGGACACUUGGACCCUCCAGAUCAAGUACGUCCAGGACAGGGAUGGCGGGCAAGAAUAUGACUAA